AUGUUGUCGAGAAAAGAAGAGCCCGAUUUAGAAACAAUCGAGAAACUUAGAAUAUUUUGUGCAGUCCAUUGGAGGGGCCUCGUUACUUUUUUCAUACCUAUUAUUUUACUGCCAAUAGUGUAUAGGACUUCGCCGGUUGAGCAUUAUAAUAUUGCAAUGUAUUGUCUUUGUGUAAUGGCGAUAUUCUGGGUGACGGAAUGUAUACCGUUGGCUGUGACGUCCUUCUUGCCGAUGAUAUUAUUCCCUAUGACAGGUGUUUUGAGUGCAACUGAUGUUUGCAGAGCGUAUAUGAACGACACAAUGAUGAUGUUUAUAGGAAGCAUGAUCCUUGCUUAUUCUGUUGAGCAGUCGGGUCUUCACAAGAGGCUGGCGUAUUUUGCCAUUAGAGUCAUUGGAUAUUCACACAUGAAGUUAUUGUUUGCCAUGUCGAUUGUUACGACCUUCGUGUCCAUGUGGAUCACAAAUACUGCUGCCACCACAAUGAUGGUCCCCAUCAACUUUGCUGUAUUAAAAGUGUUUGAAGACCAAAAAUUGCUGAAAAUAUACGAAACAACUAAGAGCGGCGAAAAGGUAGCCAGUGAUAUUACGACCUGCUACUUCUGUGCAGCCACAUAUUCCGCGACAAUAGGGGGUGUUGGGACACUAGUUGGAACUGCAACAAAUUUAGCAUUCAAAGGGCUUUUUGUUGCGAACUAUCCAAAAGCACAAGAAUAUUUAUCUUUUCCAUUGUUCUCUGCGUUUUCCGUGCCGCUUAUGAUACUGUUGGAAGCUGCAAUGCUUAUUCAAAUGGCUAUCCAGUUUUUGGGAUUUCUAAGGCCAGCAAGCGAUACGGCCAAGAAAACAAAAAUAUCCCCUGAGGGCAUGAAAGCUGCCGAAAAGACCGUUAAGGAAGACACGGCAAAAUUAGGCAAAAUCACCUUUUGGGAAAUAAUGGUCAUUAUUUUAUUUGGAGGUGCUAUGAUUCUGUUUUUCUGCCGCUCACCGCAAAUGUUUUCGGGAUGGGGUGAUGCCAUUCGGACUUAUUUUGAUUUGUCAGAUGAAAAAUUUGUUCGUGAUUCGGCCUUAGCAGCAAUUAUUAUGUUUCUGAUGUUUUUGCUUCCGUCUACGUUGAAAUUUUUCAAAAAUUGCAGCGCAAAGUAUUAUGAAGAUCUGCCAAAAGGAAGAGUUGAAUCCGUACUCAAUUGGUCUAAAAUCGUUACUGUAAUGCCGUACAGCUUUACAUUUCUCCUUGGGGGAGGUUUCGCCUUAUCAGAAGCGGCUAAACAAAGUGGUCUAAACGAAAAAAUUGGAGAAUCCCUAUCAUCGCUGAAGUCACUACCGAAUAUUCUUAUAAUAUUUUUCAUAAUAAUAGUCGUCAUUUUCUUCACAAACUUUGCCUCAAAUGUUGCCAUCGUGAAUGUGUUUGCCCCUAUUUUUAUGCAAAUGGCGCAACAAAUAAACCAAAACCCGCUGUGGUACUGCAUCACUGCUGGAUUCACAGCUUCCUUUUGUUUCAUGAUACCUGUGGGUACUCCCGGGAACUUAGUUGUUCAAAGCGCCGCCAGUAUACCGACGCAGAAAAUGAUCAGAGCUGGUUUCGGGCCGACAGUUUCCACAAUCAUCAUAACAUGGCUAUUGGUUGUCUUCUACGCGCCAAUCAUUUGGCCCGACUUGCUGACGAUGCCCGAAUGGACCAAGUGAACGUUCGACAAACGUUUCGCGUUUACCUUCUUUGUAAGACGAUUUUUUCUUUCAUUAAUUAGAU